CCCGGACCCGCAUGGAGCAUUUUACCCCCAUUCAAUGACUGAUUGACUAUUUUAGCUAGAAAUUAGCUUAGCAAAUUUCAACAAUACAAGUGCUUAAACAACUGUAUCUGUUUUCUUCUUCAUCAUCUUCAUCCUCUUUAUUGUUCAGGUAAUAAAUAAGCGCUCAAAAAUCGUUGAGAAGAAGAGGUAGAGUAGAGCAGUAUGAAGGUUCCCCGGAGACCGAUCCAAGCCGUCACGACGUGGGUGAAGCGGCAACCGCCCAAGGUGAAGGCUUUCCUCGCCGUCAUCACCGGCAUGGCGGCGCUCGUCAUGCUCCGAGCCAUUGUCCACGAUCACGACAACCUCUUCGUUGCCGCAGAGGCUGUUCACUCCAUCGGAAUCUGCGUCCUCAUCUACAAGCUCAUGAAGGAAAAGACUUGCACUGGGCUUUCUCUCAAAUCCCAGGAGCUUACAGCUAUGUUUUUAGCUGUUAGACUAUAUUGCAGCUUUGUCAUGGAGUAUGAUAUUCACACUUUGCUUGACAUGGCUACACUGGCAACAACUCUGUGGGUUAUUUAUAUGAUUCGUUUUAAACUAAGAUCAAGUUACAUGGAGGAAAAAGACAAUUUUGCAAUAUAUUAUGUGGUUGUCCCUUGUGCUGUUUUAGCUUUUCUAAUUCACCCAGGUACAUCACAUCACUUUGUGAACAAGAUCUUUUGGGCUUUCUGUGUGUACUUGGAGGCAGUUUCCGUGCUACCCCAGCUCCGUGUCAUGCAAAAUACUAAGAUUGUUGAACCAUUUACAGCUCAUUAUGUAUUCGCACUGGGUGUUGCGCGGUUCUUAAGCUGUGCUCACUGGGUUCUACAGGUUUUAGAUACCCGUGGCCAUCUCCUAGUGGCACUGGGCUAUGGUCUAUGGCCUUCUAUGGUGUUAAUAUCUGAAAUUGUGCAAACCUUCAUCUUAGCGGACUUCUGUUACUACUAUGUCAAAAGUGUUUUCGGUGGACAACUUGUGUUGCGCCUUCCUUCUGGGGUGGUGUGAGUGUUGCUGGUUCUGUUGUGUGUCCCUUUGUAUUCUUUGCACUCUAAAGUCUAAAUGGUAGAAGUGGGACGAUCAGUGUAGUUUACAGUUCCACCAAGAACUUGAUGGUCCUAUAUUAGUUUAAUUGGAGGAAUUCCUAACUUUUGGCCUCAAAAUGAAUUUCACUUAUUGCAUAUUAUUAUUAUUAUUAUUAUUAUUAUUAUUAUUAUUACUACUACUACUAUUAUUAUUACUCCCUCCAUAUUUUAAUGUUCAC